AUGGCUAUCGACGGCGAGAAAGCGGCCACACCGGCCAGUAACGCGGAGCUCGGCUCGUCACGUCGGCAUCGGAAGAGGCAACUGAUCCGCGGUAGCGCUGGCGAACGUCAAGAUGACCGCGUUCUGUCUAAGAUUAGGGUUGUAUCCACUGAAUCAAGCCCUAACAGCACGAACGGAGCAGCCAACAGAUGUGUUGUUCAAGCUGAGGAUAAGCUCAUCGUGCAUGAGGACAACGCAGAUAUAAGCAGCGCCCCCGUGAUCGGCAACGCGGUGCGCACCCGGCUAGCCGAGCUCAGCGCCACGGCGCCGUGGUUCAUCGCCCGCAAGGUUCUCCAGAACUCCGACGCCAGGAGAGAACAAAGCAGGCUGCAGCUCUCCUGCAAGGGCAAGGACAUCGGCCCGCGCCGCCGGCUCGAGGAGGCCUUGACGGAGGCCGAGAAGGCCCUCGUCCGCAGCAAGAAUGAGGGGCUGGAGGUGACGGCGCUGGACCGGCGCGGCCGAGAGUACUCACUAAACUGCAGGUACCUCGAAUCCGCCAAAAGCUAUCGGUUCAUCCAAAACUGGGUGGAGUUCUUGAGAGAGAACAACAUACUCAUAGGCAAACAUGAGUGCUUGAACCGGCGUGUGGAGGUGGAGCUGUGGGCGUUCCGCUCGCGCGAGCUGCGGCAUGCCACCGGCAACAAGGAUGCCGGCCACCAAGACGGCGCACUAGGGUUUAUUGUGUUGCACAAGGACGAGGGAGAUGAGGUUGAGCAGCAGCAGGAAGCGGCUGUUGGAGCACCGGUGCCGGACACAGAAGAGAAGCCUGCGCGUACGUGCCCUGAGAAGGGUGAGAAGCUGAGUUCGCUCGAGACGCUUGCUGCAUAUGUGAUCGCAAGCUUGUGGACAGGCACUCGAUCAAGGCAGACGAAACACAAAUCUGAUGACGAUCGAAGAAGGCCAUAGAAUCGAAUCUUGCAUGAAGGAAUGCAAGAUGCACGGAAAGUAUUCCAGUUCUCUAAAACAGUUUUUUUUGGUUAGAGUCAGACUUUUCCUUUAGAUUCUUCGCUUAAUGUUUAAUCUAGUUUAAACUUCAUUUUUAUGAAGCAAUUGAUGACAUGCAUUGUAAUUCUCAGUGUCAUUAAAUAUUUUUAGAUUAGCAUGAAAGAAAAUGAAAAUACUCCUAUGUCAUUAAUACACCCGAGUC